UAGCACUUGGCUGCUGGGGAGGUGAGAAUCGUUGUCGCUCUCCUCAUUACUUUUCGUCUGCCUCUCUUCUCUUUGCGCGAUAGGACGGACACCAGAUACCCCGUUUUUGUGUUUUGGACCUCUCCAAAACGUUAUUCGUUCUUUUUUCCAACUCUUUAUGCGGUUUUGGUGCUGUUCGAUGGCUCACCUCUGACUGUGGCUCGUGACUAACAGAACACCUGCCCCGAAUCAGACCGACGUUUCUCUGAGGCCGCAUCGCUCUACAUUCCUGAGGACUUGACAGAGACACCAGAGCGGCUCACGGUCACCUCCUCCUAAAAGGUUCCAGGAUGCUGGGUGCGGUGGUCCCUGCCUGUGGACUGCAGGCUCUGCUGACGGCACUCCUGCUCUCUCUGGGCUGUGGCCUGGUGUGGUCAGACCCGGUGGUGAACAUGAGGAAGGUGACACACCAGAGGGUGAGGGAGCAGCUGGCCAACACCGUCCUGCUGCCCUGUGUCUUCACCCUGCGCCCCACCCCUACCCACGAGCCCCCCCGCAUCAAGUGGACCAAGGUGUGGGGCCAGAGGGGCGACGACGGUCGGCAGAAGGAACAGUCCAUCCUGGUCGCCAAGUACAACGUGGUCAAGGUUAAGAAGGCAUUCCAGGGGCGUGUCACCCUGCCCGGUUACCAGGACAACCGUUACAACGCCAGCCUUGCACUCAGCAGUCUGCGCUCCAGUGACUCGGGCAUGUACCGCUGUGAGGUGGUGGUGGGCAUCAAUGAUGAACAGGACACCGUGCCCCUGGAGGUCACAGGUGUGGUGUUCCACUACCGUGCCCCCCACGACCGCUACGCCCUGUCCUUCCCCGACGCCCAGCGGGUGUGUCUGGAGAACUCGGCUGUCAUCGCCACGCCCGCUCAGCUCCAGGCCACCUUCGCCGACGGGUAUGACAACUGUGAUGCCGGCUGGCUCUCUGACCAGAGCGUGAGGUACCCUAUCCAGUCGCCCAGGCCGGGUUGCUAUGGCGACAGGCAGGACUCACCUGGAGUGCGCAACUACGGCAAUCAGGCCCCUGAAGAGCUGUUUGAUGUCUACUGCUUUGCCAAGCAACUGCAAGGUGAGGUGUUCCACUCGUCUGUACCAGAGAAGCUGAGCCUGGCCACAGCCUCUACCCACUGCCACUCUCUAAGUGCCCAGCUGGCCACGGCAGGGCAGCUUUACCUAGCCUGGCAGGCCGGCCUGGACCAGUGUGACCCAGGCUGGCUGGCCGAUGGCAGCGUGCGCUACCCCAUAAACCUUCCCCGGCGCAACUGUGGUGGGGAUGAUCCAGGGGUGCGCACUGUCUACCACAACCCCAACCGCACCGGUUUCCCAGUAACCACCACCCGCUUCGACGCCUACUGCUACCGAGAACGUGAAGCAGGAGUCCAGGCAGCCCAGUCAGUGGGGUUCCUCCAAUACAGAGAGCCAGAGAACAACUCCUCAGACACUGAGCCCCAGCGCUCUGACCCCUUCCCCCAACUCUCCACCUGGACUGGCAUCGUGGACCUGGACAAGGAGGGAAUCAGCUCCAUCGCUGGAGGCAAUGUGUCAUCUGAGAUUUCAGAGGAGCACGUGGUAAUCCUCCUCCAGCCAGGGGAGAGUCCCCAGCGCUGGGGAGAGGAGAACCAGGAGACCCAGGACCGAUCCAAGACUGGAGCCCCUCAGGACGCCUCCUCCAGCCCUAAGACUAAGACCAGUACCCUGGGUCUGUCUGCUCUGGAGAGUCUGGAGACCCACGGAGGUUCUGCCCAGGAGGAGGUGGAGGAUGAGGGGGACGAGGAGGGGCGUUUCGGGACAUCGGACUCCCCUCUGUCCUCCCAGACCUCUCCAACGCUCCAGGCCCAGACUACCAAUAGCGUUCUCCACAGCUUCGUCAACAACCUGAUGAAGCCCUUCAAGUAUUGGACGGGCUCUAUGGAGACCGACACGGAGGCCCCUCCCCCAGCCACACCUGCCUCACUGCCCGAGGGGACAGAAGCAGAGGAGGACCAGGCACCCCCAGGGUCGGCUAAGGUCAACCCCACCGAAGGGAGGCCCAAGCUCGGCAGCAAAGGAAGUAAGGACAAUGCCAUCAUGGAGCAUCGGAGCGGAGGCCCCUCACUCAAGACAUCCACCGGUGGGCUCACCAGCUCAGAGGAGGGUCUGUCUGAGCAGGAGAAAGAGGUGGUCCCCUUAGUCCCACUUGGCCCUGUGACCCUGUACACAGCCACCCAGCCAGGGAGGAAGGAUCCAAGCACAUCCCUAACCAACCCUUCAGCCUCUUCCUCUAAUGGAUUCACAGCACUGGGGCCUGGUGGUAGUAGCAAGGCCGUGGAGGCUGUGAAUGUAUCAGGAGGCCCCCUCCAUGGCACCAGGUACGAGCUGGCUUCAUCCCCAGGGGCCCCGGCAUCAGCCACAGGUAGCCAGCUGAGAUGGGCCCUCAAGGCCAUGAAGGGCUCCAAGCUGGGGGACCCGGGACAGGGACACGUAGCCUACUUGGGGAAGAGUUCCACCUGGGAGCCAAUGGAGGCCAAAGCGGGGCCCCUGGAGGUCAUGACCCUGCCUACCAACCUAGAGAACUACUCUGGUGAGGGGAGGGACCAGGAUGAGGACCACAGCAUCCCCCGAGCCAUCCUGGAGAGAGAGGAGGGGGAUAAAGAGACAGAGACUGAGGGAAGCGGGAGAGGAGCGAACCACUUACCAAGAGGCUUUGGAUCUAACGGUAACACCAACCCAGCCAGUGAUGUCAGCAGCAGCACAAAGCCUCCUGUGUCUGGACUGAAACCCACCCAGACCCAGAGCCAGACUGUAGCAGAACACACCACUAUCUCCCAGUGGCAGCUGGUGAACCAGCCCACCACCUCACCUGCAGCUGCUGCUGCUUUUUCUGCUGCUGGCUCCAGCCAGGGUCCGGGGGGAACCGCUGAGGAGGCCAGAGGAGAGAUUGUCUAUGUCCGACGCCCCACUGAGAAACUGCUUCCAGCCACCUCCAGUAAGAAAGAUGGCUUCCCCCCUGUGAUCAGGAAGCAGAGCCUGAACACAGCCAGAGUGACUGAGAGACAAAGCAGCCCAGAUGAGCCCACCACACCUGGGGUGACCUCCAGUCCUGCAGACCCUAUGGAGCCCCUGACCACCAUCAAAACCUCCACAGCAGACACCAAGAGAACAGAUUCCACCAAGGAGCCACCGAUCUCCAUCGCAUGGGUUCCGGUGGAGAGAGAGAAGACAAUCAGUACCACACCUCUGACUGGAGAUGGACCACAAACGACCACAGCUUCCACUCAACUGACCACUCCAGUGUCCAUUCUGAAGAGCAGCGAUCGUGAGGCCGAGUCCAGGUUGGCCGUUUCAGAGUCGUUCGUGGUGGGAAAAGGGUGGAAGCCCUUGGGAGGGAUGAACCCCAAAUCUAAAGAGGACAAAACCCCUGUGAUCACAGAGAAGACAGGGAAGACCCCCUUUGGUGUCUUUGUGCCCACCUGGGGCUAUGACCUCAUCCCUUCAGCUGAGGACAACCCGUGCCAGACCAACCCCUGUCUGCAUGGAGGCAGCUGCCUGCCGGAGGGCGACGGCUACAGCUGCUACUGCCCCCAGGGCUACUCUGGAGAGAGCUGUGAGAUCGACAUUGACGACUGCCAGUCCAACCCGUGUCAGAACGGAGGCACCUGUAUCGAUGAGAUCAACUCCUUCGUGUGCCUGUGUCUGCCUAGCUACGGUGGAGCCACGUGUGAGAAAGACACAGAGGGCUGUGAACACGCAUGGAGGAAGUUCCAUGGCCACUGCUACAGGUACUUCAGCCGCAGACACACCUGGGAGGACGCAGAGAAGGACUGCAGGGAGCACAUCGGACACCUGGCCAGCAUACACACACUCCAGGAGCAGGACUUCAUCAACGGUCUGAGUCAUGACAACACCUGGAUCGGACUGAACGACAGAACAGUGGAAGAGGAUUUCCAGUGGACUGACAACAUGGACCUGCAAUAUGAGAACUGGCGGGAGAACCAGCCGGACAACUUCUUUGCGGGUGGAGAGGACUGUGUGGUGAUGAUCGCCCACGAGAACGGCAAGUGGAACGACGUGCCCUGCAACUACAACCUGCCCUACGUCUGCAAGAAGGGAACAGUGCUGUGUGGGAACCCUCCCACCGUGGAGAACGCCUUUCUGAUUGGUCGUAAGCGGUCCCACUAUGACAUCCACUCAGUGGUGCGUUACCAGUGUGCCGACGGGUUCCUCCAACGCCACAUCCCCACGGCCAAGUGUCGUGCCAACGGCAAGUGGGAGCGGCCCAAGAUCAUCUGCACAAAGUCCCGGGGAGCUCACCGCUACAGGCGGCACCAUGACCAUCACAACGGGCGACGGGAGCGCAGAAAGCACAAGAAGCACGGCCAUGGACACGGAGAGGGGGGCCACCACGGAGGGGAUCAGGGCCACGGGCACGGGCACGGGCACGGGCACGGGAACGCUCAUGCCCACAUCUGAACCAAAAAUGUCCACUGCCCGAACCUCGCCUCGCUGCCCAGUCUCCCUCCUCUACCCCUCUCUACCCCCUCUCCUGCCCUGUUCCUGACCCCACAACCUGGCUCCCAGAGCCAGCCUGUAUCAUACUCAACUCUGAGGCCUGACAGCCGACUGCUAGGCCUCCCUGAGACAAUAACAAUCCCUUUGUACUCUUCUUUCCUUUCACUACUUUCCUUAGUGUUUUCUUCCUUCCCUCCCAACCUACAUUUAUCAAGUCAACGAUGACCCAGAAUAUGGGGCUUUGCUCAAUUGUUAAAUCUUAAGAGGUUUCAUUUUUUUUCCUUCUAUUUUUACAUUAAUGAUCGUGGAGGAGGAGGUUUAGUACAAACUGUAAAUAGUGACAACAUCAUUGGAAAGAGUCAAGGAAUACACGUACAUGCAAUCCA